AUGGUGUCUCAUUCCGAACCCCCCAAGGAGGCCCUUUCUGCCGUUGCCCUCGAGCACACCAUCGACGAGGCCAACGCCCUCAUCAACGGCACCUCCGAUGUCCCCAAGAUCCAGGAGCUCGAUGCCUCCAAGCUCGUCGUCACCCUUGCCGACCCCAAUGCCCGCCAGGUCCCCGACGAAGCUACUGCGAAUGCUGCCUCCGAGACCAUCUGCACCGACCACAUGGUCACUGUCUCCUAUAACGUCGAGUCUGGCUGGGGCGUCCCCGAGCUCAAGCCCUACGGCCCCAUCUCCCUGAUGCCCACGGCCUCCGUCCUUCACUACGCCACCGAGUGCUUCGAGGGUCUCAAGGUCUUCCGCGGCUUCGAUGGCAAGCUCCGCCUCUUCCGCCCCAACCUGAACGCCAAGCGCCUACUCAUGUCCACUCUCCGUAUCGCCCUCCCCGGCUUCGACCCUGUCGAGGUUGAGAAGCUCAUCGCCAAGCUCGUUGCCGUCGAUGGCGCCAAGUGGCUCCCCAAGGACCGCCCCGGCUCCUUCCUCUACAUCCGCCCCGCUGUCAUCGGCACCCAGCCCCAGCUCGGCGUCCAGGCCCCCAAGCAGGCCCUCCUCUUCAUCACUGUUUCCUUCAUGCCUCGCAUGGACAGCCCCGCCGGUGGCAUGCGCCUUCACACCAACCCCGAGGAUAUGAUCCGCGCUUGGGUUGGCGGUUUCGGCUACGCCAAGGUUGGUGCCAACUACGGUCCUUCCCUCCUCGCUACCAACGAGGCCAGGGCCCGCGGCUUCCACCAGAUUCUCUGGCUCUACGGCAAGGAGGCUUACUGCACUGAGGCUGGUGCUUCCAACUUCUUCAUCGUCUGGCGCGCCAAGGAGUCCGAGGGUGGCAAGCUCCAGCUCCUGACUGCUCCUCUUGACGACAAGCUCAUCCUUGACGGUGUUACCCGCCGCUCCGUCCUCGAGCUCGCCAAGGCCCGCCUUGCUGGCGAGGUCGAGGUUGUUGAGCGCCGCUACACCAUCGAUGAGGUCAUCGAGGCUGACAAGGAGGGCCGCAUUGUCGAGGCUUUCGCCGCCGGUACUGCUUUCUUCAUCGCCCCUGUCUCCCAGAUCCACCACCGUGGCACCGACGUCCACAUCCCUCUCGGCGAGAACGACUCCGGCGUUUACACCACCAAGAUCAAGUCCUGGAUGAAGGACAUCAUGUACGGCAACGAGCAGCACGAGUGGGGUGUCGUCAUCAACGAGGAGUAA